AUGGCAUUGACGGAAGUGCUAAGCGGUCUUGGUACCUCGCAGACGGUGCUGACUGUCGCUUCCCUUGCGCUGGGCUUCUUCGCUGCUUACCUAUAUGUCACUCGUUCUCUACCUGAAGGAACACCACCGUCGAUCAAAGACAAUUGGCCUUUGAUCGGCCCCAUCAAAUACUGGACCAAACGAUGGGACUGGUUUCAAGAGGCCACCAAGGCUUCGCUCAACGGCAACUUCACAUUCAACGUAGGCAAGCAUGUAGUCGUGGGAGUUUCUGGAGAUGAAGGUCGACGGAUCUUCAUGGAGAGCAAGCAACUGGAGAUGGGAUCAGGAUACGCUACCCUGUUUGCUGGCGCGCCCACAGUAUCCAAGAAUGUUGACCCCGAAGGAAACGACAUUGAAGGUCAAGACUUUGCCAAACGUCUUCUUGCCAUGCUCAAGAGGGAGAACUUUGUCAAAAGUCUGGGUGGACUGAUCGCAGACACAAGAUCGCGCUUGGAUGAGCUCGCAAAAGACCCCAAGGGCUUGACUGACCCAUUCGAGAGCAUUUACGGCAUCGUCUAUCAACUCACCAUGCGAACAGUCGCUUGCAACGAGAUUGCUGACGAUCGUGUUCUACUGGAUCAAACGCUGGAUAUGUUCGAGAAGAUAGAGGCGUCAUCAACUCCUGAGCUCAUCAUCUUCCCCUGGUUUCCUUUUCCCGGAAAGCUCAAACGUCUCUGGUACGGCGGUAAGCUUUACAUGAUCUUCAAGGGUAUCGUCGAGGAUCGAGCAAAGAGCGGUCGCAGGGAGGAAGAUCCUCUGCAACUUUUGAUCGACAAAGGCGACAACAUCAAGGAGAUUCUGACCUUUAUUCUGGGCGCCCUCUACGCUGGACAAUUGAAUUCUGGCAUCAAUGCUGCUUGGGUUAUCGUCUACCUUGCCAACGACCAUUACUGGCGUGGCAAGGUGUGGGAAGAGGUCAAGGCAGUCAUUGAGAAAUACGACAGUGACACUUCGAAAUCAUAUGCAGACAGGCUGGCAUCUGCUCCACUGGAGGCGUGGGAGAACGAGCUCCCCACAAUCGACCUGUGUCUACGAGACAGCAUUCGGCUGAAUACAGCUGGCAGCAUGUUCCGCAAAAACGAGUCAACAAAGGCUGUCACGUUAGCAGAUGGCACGAAAAUUCCGCCAGGAGGCUUCGCAGCCUAUCCGGUAGGCGACAUCCACCUCAACCCCAAGAUCUAUGUCAAUCCUGAAGAAUGGGAUCCAUCCCGUUACCUACCAGACAGAGCAGAGGACCACAAGACAAAUCAUGCAUACAUCGGUUGGGGCGCAGGCAGACAUCCAUGUCUCGGCAUGCGUUUUGCGAAACUCGAGCAAAACAUCAUCCUCGCCUUCUUCCUCGCUAGUUUUGACUUUGAACUGGCCGACGAGAAUGGUAAACGGGUCCAAGGAGUUCCAAAAACCGACUUCAACCAGCAUUCUGCGGGCAAGCCAAAGGACAAGAUUUACGUCAAGUACAGCGUGCGAGAAUGA